AUGGAAGGGAGACUAGAAAUACAUCUUCUGUUGCCAAUGGCGGUUUGCAUCUUCGCUGCCGUGUUGCUCCUGCCUUACGGAGGGAGUAUUCCCUCACCAAUGCAUAACCACCAAUUUGUUUACGACAUCGAAAGUAUUGAUCACAAACCUGGAGCUCCACACCACCGCGUACGACGUAAGUCUGGCAGGGGCAAUGCGCUCGAUACCUCGGCCUGUGGUACAAUCACCGCUGUGCCUGACGAUAUACGUACGGACUUUCCUUUGGACCCGUUCUACCAGAAAUACACACAUGCCUACGGUAUUCCCAUCAUAUCCUCCUCUGUGACGCAAGAUGCUGCUCUGAAUCGUGCAUGUUACACCGUACGUUUCCUUUUGGCGGACCGUAAGGCUUUAAGAGAUGCUAUGUAUGACUGGUAUGGCCGAGUUGGGGUGAUUGCUCAAACCGAACGAACCACGCAAAUCCCUGAACACAGUCAUCUAAAUAGUGACUUAUGGGACGACCGUGCGCGUGGAUUGGGAGGCAUACCGAGCAUACCCAUCACUACAGACGGAGAAGAAAACAUACUUUGCAAAAACUAUCUGCAAGACCGUUGGUACGAAGAAGAUAUUCUCAUCCACGAAUUUGCACACGCCAUUCACCUGAUUUCUAUGAACAAAGUAAAUGCGUCAUAUGAAACGGCUCUCCAAGGUAUCUACGACUUGGCCAAGCAAGACAAUCUCUGGCCGAACACCUACGCCAUCACCAAUAUAAGAGAAUACUUGGCAGAGGGCGUGCAAGGAUUCUUCAACGUUCAGGUUUGUAGGAGCUUCGUAGACAAUGUCCACAACAAUAUCUGCACACGGGAUGCACUGAAGAGUUAUGAUCGGCGACUGUACGAUUUUAUAGCGGCAAUUUUCCCCUGCAUGAAUACCCUCAUCGACCGAUGCGACAGCGACCAAGAGUAG